ACUAGUCUUCUCUUCUCGGAAAAUUAACGCUUCCCUCCGGGGCUAAGCUAUCUCCCUCCGCACCACCGGCAUGAAUCCCAUGAAACCCGGCCCGAUUUCGAAUUAAAGCCUUGUUUUCCCCCCAUUUAUUCUUCGUUGACCCGAUUAGAGCCGCUAAAUUCACUCUCAACUCCAAUCGAUUCAGACAUACCUGCAUAAUCACACACAUUCAUUGCCGGCACAGGUGCGGACGCGCCCACUGAAGCUGAUGGAGGAUUGUAUCAUUUGUAUGAGUAGCGACGACGAUUGCUAUUCAUCUGAUCAUGAUUCGCUCGACGUACUCGAGAAUGAGGAGUCUGAUUCUCAACGUGCCCCUUCCGGAGCAAAUUCUUGCAAGGUGAUUACGAAAGAGUCACUGUUGGUUGCACAGAGGGAGGAUUUGCAGAGAGUGAUGGACUUGCUUUCAAUAAGAGAACACCAUGCCCGGACUUUACUCAUUCAUCACCGCUGGGAUGUUGAAAAGCUCUUUGCAGUUCUCGUUGAGAAGGGAAAAGCUUGCCUUUUUGCUGAAUCUGGGGUAUCAGUGGAUGAAAAUAAUGAUCUUGAUCACCCAGUCACUUCCGCCACAGUCAUGUGCAACAUAUGCAUAGAAGAGUUACCAGGGAGUGAGAUGACAAAAAUGGACUGUGGUCAUUGCUUUUGCAACAGUUGCUGGACAGAGCAUUUUAUUGUGAAAAUAAAGGAAGGUCAGAGUAAGCGUAUCAGGUGCAUGGCUCACAAAUGCUUUGCCAUUUGUGAUGAAUCUGUUGUAAGGAAGCUAGUUAGUAAAGAACACCCUGAUUUAGCAGAGAAGUUUGAUAGAUUUCUUCUUGAAUCAUACAUUGAGGAUAAUAAGAUGGUUAAAUGGUGUCCAAGUACUCCUCAUUGUGGAAAUGCAAUACGCAUUGAGAAUGAUGAACUUUUUGAAGUAGAGUGUUCAUGUGGUUUGCAGUUUUGCUUCAGCUGUUUAUCCGAAGCACAUUCCCCUUGUUCAUGCUUAAUGUGGGAACUCUGGACCAAAAAGUGCCGUGAUGAAUCAGAAACUGUAAAUUGGAUUACUGUGCACACAAAACCUUGUCCCAAGUGUCAUAAACCUGUUGAGAAAAAUGGUGGAUGCAAUUUAGUUAGCUGCAUCUGUGGCCAAGCAUUUUGUUGGUUGUGUGGGGGAGCUACUGGUCGAGAUCAUACUUGGUCACGGAUUGCUGGACACAGUUGUGGUCGCUAUAAAGAAGACCAAGAAAAAAAGGCUGAACGAGCGAAGCGUGAUCUGUAUAGGUAUAUGCACUAUCAUAAUCGGUAUAAAGCUCAUACUGAUUCAUUUAAGCAAGAAUCUAGACUGAAGGAGACCAUUAGAGAUAAGGUGUCAAGUUUAGAAGCCAGGGAUUCAAAAUUGAAGGAUUUCAGCUGGGUUACAAAUGGGCUUAAUAGGCUCUUCAGAUCAAGAAGAGCUCUUUCGUACUCUUACCCCUUUGCAUUUUAUAUGUUUGGUGAUGACCUUUUUAAGGAUGAAAUGACAAAUGAGCAAAGGGAAAUAAAACAGAACUUAUUUGAGGACCAGCAACAACAGCUUGAGGCAAAUGUUGAGAAACUUUCUAAAUUUAUUGAGGAGCCAUUUGACGAGUACAAUGAUGAACAAAUCAUGGAAGUAAGGAUGCAAAUCAUCAAUCUCUCUGUACUCACUGAUACACUCUGCAAGAAAAUGUAUGAUUGUAUCGAAAAUGAGUUGUUGGCUUCACUUCUAUUCUGUAACCACAACAUAGCUCCUUACCAGUCAAAGGGCAUUGAACGGGCUACAGAACUCACUUAUGGGAGGAGCACUAAUGCAACCAAUAAGAAUGAGUGUCCAACAGUGGUUGACCAGACCAAUGGGAGUUCUAUAGAUGAUGAGCGACCACAAUGUUCAGCGAGUUCAGAUGAGAAUGGGUGCACCUCUCGAAAGCGCGCUAGAAAAGAGAAAAGCUUGUUUGAUCUCAACUUGCCAGCAGAUCUCAUUGACAGGCAGUGACACAAGUGGCGUUGCUUUUUAUUCUAUUCAUGUGUACAGAUCUAACUCAAGGAAGCAACCCGCUCGUAUUGAAAUAUAUAUAUCAGUUCACCGAGCAGAUGAAACAAUGAUGUUUCAUCCCUUUUUUUUGGUUCUUUUUUAUUUUGAAACCGAUUAUCCCCCUACCAAAUUGGUAAGUGAACUAGGUAGAAUCUCUAUAACUAUGAAUGCAUGUACUUUAUUUUGUUUAAAAAACCUAAUAAUGUGCAUAGGUUCUGCUUGGGGUUCUCCGUCGUUUUCUAGUGAUGUCUCUAGUAUAUAGACUGCUGUACCUGCAACUUGUUGAUGAAAAUAGUGAGAAAUUGGCGUUUUACGCUCUUGCGGUUUC